GCGUCGGCGUCCGCGUCCGCGUCGGCGUCCGCGUCGGCGUCCGCGUCCGCGUCCCGAUUUGGUUAAGAUUUUGUAUGUAAGCUGGUAUCUCAGCAACCACUUGUGGGAAUGGAUUGAAACUUCACACACUUAUUCACUGUGAUAAACUGACUUACAUUGCACAGGUUCCAUAACUCUGUUUUGCUUUUUUACAAAAUUAUGCCCCUUUUUUGACUUAGAAAUUUUUGGUUAAGGUUUUGUAUGUAAGCUGGUAUCUCAGUAACCACUUGUGGGAAUGGAUUGAAACUUCACACACUUAUUUACUGUGAUAAUCUGACUUACAUUGCACAGGUUCCAUAACUCUAUUUUGCCUUUUCACAAAAUUAUGCCCCUUUUUCAACAUAGAAAUUUUUGGUUAAGUUUUUGUAUGUAAGCUGGUAUCUCAGUAUCCACUAAUGGGAAAGGAUUGAAACUUCACACACUAGUUCACUGUCAUGAUAUGACAUGCAGUGCAAAGGGUCAAUAACUCAACUUUGCAUUUUACAAAAUUAUGCCCCUUUUUCAACUUAGGAGUUUUUGGGUUAAAUUCUUAUAUGUAAGCUGGUAUCAGUACCCACUAAUGGGAAUGGAUUGAAACUUCAUACACUUGUCCACUGUCAUGAGCUGAUAAGCACUAUGCAGGUUCCAUAACCCUAUUUUACUUUUUUACUAAAAUAUGCCCUUUUUCGACUUUCUUAUUCAUUCAAGCGACAAGGCUGUUAAAUAGUCGAGCGUUGCUGUCCUCCGACAGCUCUUGUUGUAGAUAAAAGCAUCAGGUUCAAAAGAAUUAAGAUAUAAUGCGUUAAUGUUUAGCCUGUCUAAUAGAUAAUGAUCUUUGCAAAACUCCUCGUCUAAGUCUCUCAACAUUAACCUAUUGGAAUGUCAUUUAUUUCUCUCUAGUUGAAAAAGUACUCUGCUUAAUAAAUCUACUCGUUGAAUAAUAUGCAUUGCAGAGUUGAGGAGGCUUAGCGACUUAUGUUGAACAUAUAAAAUAACUUUUAAAAUUUUGAGUCUGACACUUUUUGGUAAAUGAAUGAUUUCGUACGAAACGCGAAAAACUGGAUUUGCAUAAUUAUUACCGUGAUAAAGACAGUACUCUUAAAACGGAUUAUGACAUUUAAUUUAUUUCUGGCAUUCAGAAAUUUAACACGUACUGAGGACUGCAAACUGUGACAUUAGGAGAAAACGGGAGGAUAAUGUUGAUUAUGGAGAUGGGAUUAAACAACUAACAGGGAAAAAAUGUCGACAGUAAACAUUACAUCAAACAUGGCGUCGAAUGUUAAUUCAACUGAUGACAUCAUGGCGUACAACGGACCACUCGUUGACGAAGCAAGACGUGAGCUAAUGGAGAUUUAUAUCUAUCCAUUCGUACUUGUGAUCUUCUUUAUGAUUGUAGGAUUCAUAGGAAAUACAAUUGUGAUAUAUAUUUUCACAGCUAAAUGGAAAUUAACAAAAACAACAAUAUUUAUCCUAACCCUAGCAGGAGUUGAUCUUAUGUCGUGUGUUAUCAAUAUGCCGACGGAGGCGGCCAUAUUGUGGAACCCUAUGAAUUUUGAUUAUGAAGUAAUUUGUAAAAUAUCGCGAUUCACAACAUUCAUAGCAUCUGCUUCUUCAUCGUUUGUCUUAAUUGCUAUUUCAAUUGACAGAUAUUUAAUGGUUUGUCGACCAUUCCUUGGAAGGGAAUUAGGUGUGAAGUAUGCUAAAAGGACGUGUCUUAUAGCCGUUCUCCUAGGUAUCAUUUCAACAUGGCCGUCACUUAUAUUCUACGGAACCUAUACAUACCAAGUAGAGAAAACAGACAGUGAGACUGGAAAAGUGAUGAAAAUUGAAAGCAAAACUUGUCUGAUAUCAAAUUUCUAUGUCGAGCAUUACAAAUUACCCGCAGGAUUUUAUUUCUUCUUGUUCGGUGGACACAUUAUUAUGUUCGUUAUUUUGACCAUGGUUUAUUUACUUAUUGGACGCAGUUUAUUUAUGUCAACAAGCACGGACGUAUCUAAUGAAAAAAGACACAGUCUGAAAUAUUUUGGUAUUAGCAUGAUGUCGGCAUUUACUGGCACCGUGCCAAAUAGUCCGGCUGAUAACCGCGAUCGAGUGAGCUGGGGUAGCAGAAGUUCGCGCGCCGUUUCGCUUGAAAAUAUAAACCGUUUAGACCAAAGUCUCGUCAACAAUCUUGCAAGGCAACAACCAAGAAAAACUAAUGAAACCACUGUAAGCAUCGUUUUAAAUGACUUGGAAAACGAAAAUAAAGAACAAUCAUGUUCCAAAAAGGAAGAUAUAGAAACAAAUAUCGAAAAAAGAUCUCAAGGUAACAUGAUGAAAGAUAACAUUUGCAACACAAACAGUAGUUCGCUUAACUUAGAUAACAUUUGUAGUGUUUCAAAUCAGGAAUGUGAUGACAGACUAUAUAUAACACGCAACAAUCUUUGUGUUCAACAAGCGACGUCGGAUGAUAGCGCAAGUGACACGUCAUUCAACUCGCCUGAGAAGAAACCCGACACUAAACUCUUAUAUUUAAACAUUGGUAAACGAGAUAAAGAUAGAACAAAAAAUGGCCGCUUAUCAUCUGGAUCAACAACUAGCACAAACUGCUUAACUCCAGUGACCCCAAUGUCUCCAGUAACUCCAGAUAGUGUAAGCGGGGUUCUUUAUCGGAGCCAAAGCAUAGAAAGUAGGGCAAGAAUAAACCGCAUUAUCUCGGAUGAACUAAGACAUACAGAAGUAAAAGAGUUCAGUCUGCGUAGGAAUACAUUAAUCAUGCGGAUGGUUACAAUAGCUUUUGUUGUGAGUUUUCUCCCUUACCUAGUGAUUGUCAUUAUAAGGUAUUCCAAUCCUGAUAUACCAACAAAAUUAAGUAAAGUCGAACAAAUACUUUAUCAUGUCUUUUUGAGGACAUAUUUCGUAAGUUCAAUGAUAAAUCCUUUCAUCUACGGGUUCUUGAACAUAGAAUUUCGAUCGAAAUUAAAGGAAAUGUUUUGCAAUUUUUGUACAAGACAUAAUAUACAUAUGUGAUACAAACUGCAUACAAAGUAAUUGUUCGGAUUGUAAGCAGUUCAUAUGUGUUCAUUUGAACAUAAAUAAAUAUAAAGUGUAUUUUCAAUGUAAAACGAUGUUAUUACUUAUGUUGUACAAAAUAUAUUUAAAAACUAUAGCUCCAUGCUCUCUAUUUUGUUGUCAUAUUAAACAUCAAUGAAAACUAAAAACACUAAUUUUAUUCAAAAUUGCAAGCAUUUAUAUCUUUCAUUUAUGGUUUCAGACUAUGGAAAUAGAAAUUGUUAUAUUUAAAUUCCCUUUUUUUACUUUGUUAUCACUUAUUUUUCAUGGAGUAGUGAAACCUAUUUCAGAACGUGAAAUUGAAAGUCGGUUUUCUCAUACGUCAAAAAUUCCCGGCGAAUGUGACAAUCGCAAGCAGUAGUUCCGAGGUUUCGGCAAGAUAUUUGACCCUAAAUUGUAUGUUUUGGAUAAUUUUACUACAGAACCAUUUAUCGUUUCUGUCUCUCGGUUUCUUGCGGCAUUGUUUACAUCUGGAAUAUAUGUCAGUUUAAAUGUGCUAUUUUUAUAAUUGCUAACAGUUAGUGGUUCCGUUGUAUUUCCAAAGUACGCCGAUUCUAACAAUUUUCAAAGCUUCAAUAUUGAAAACAUAAUUCUUUGACCAGUACAAGCAGAAAAACAUUUUUCUGCAAUGAAAUUUAAUUGAUAGUAGCUUUAAUAGAACACAACAGCGAUACUAGUCGAACCUCAAGUAAAAAGUGACGUGGCAAGUAUCAUUAUGACCUUUAAUUGUGUUGUUGUGACGUUUAAAUCAACAAAAGAAAUAUUGCAGUUAUUAGUGCCCAGGGUGGCCUCCUUAGUAUCUAGGCACUCAUUAUUGCUACAUACCAAUAUUUCAUUUGUCCUAUUCUUUUCCAUUAAAAAUUAUGACGUUCGUUUUGCAUGAUGCACCAACGCCAAUGCUGCUCAGCUGUUUUGACGACGUCCGCGUA